GUGUCGUUCCAGAUCGAGCUGAACGCCUCGAGCGGCAAGCAGCAGGCCAUAAAUGUCACGGGCGCCGGCCAGAAGGGCGACGUCAUGAAGGGCGACGGGAAAGGCUGCGGCAAGGUCGCCGCGCCCUUCGGCGCCAACGGCUGCAACCCCGCGGGCCCUCCCGUCCCGCCCGCGGAGAUGAAGUCCGGAGUAGUGGUGAGCUGGAACCCCGAGAAGGGGUUCGGCUUCGUCGACCCGGAAGACGGCACUGAGAACGUCUUCAUACACCGAAGCGCGCUCACCGACGGCAAUAUGCUGGAGCUUGGCUCGCGGGUUCAGUUCGUGCUCGAGUGGAACCCGAACAAGUCGAAGACGCAGGGCAAGAGCGUCACCGGAGCGAAAGGCGACCCCACCCAAGGACCUGGUGCCCAACCAACAGACGGCAGUGGUGAGCCGCAGCAGGCGACGGUGAAGCUCUGGUUCGAGGACAAGGGCUUCGGAUUCGUGGUGCUGCCGUCGGGCAAU